CAAGCAUUGAAAUUAAAUUUAUACUACAAUCCUUUUAUAAAGAGGGUUAUGAAAUCAAUGAAACUUCAUGCAUGCUAAUGCGCUUCUAAUCUCACCACAUUACCAAACCACUCUUCCUUCCGAAUCCCAUGCCCCAGUCUUCGCUAAUCAAUGUUCUGAAAAAGCCACAACCCUUUUUAUCUUUCUUUGUCAAAAUAUAUUUAUUUAAUUGUUAGAAUUUUUCUUGACAUUCCACAUUGCAGAUUCUCAUCAUACUAGAUUUUACAUUCGUGCUGGAACAGCGGUUGACCUGACACAACAACCACCCUCCACUCUUCUGUUCCUUUCUAUUUGUUUUGUUUGUUUGUUUCUUUCUUCAGACAAGACAAAACAAACAAAGAUGAAGGGUGUCUGCAAAUGCAUAGUUGGUCAAAUAAAGAUGAAGGGUGUCUUAGAUCUUGUUUGAGGUCACUGUUGCAUCUCUCAUAAUUGUCUUGGUGCCACGUUUCCUUGUGUCACUGAAGCAUCAAGAGGAUAAAGAAAUUGAAACUUGAUUGAAAAGUGUGGAUGUGGGGUGUAUGCUGGUAGUGGGGAGAUGAUUCAUGGAGUCGAGUGAGUACGAGAGCGUGUCGAUUCGAGAGGUCCAUGCAAAUGGAAGCAGCAUGGCUGCAUCAGAAGUUGAGGCCAAGCUUGAUGAAGGAAAUAUUCAAGAGGCGGAAUCCGCAUUGCGAGAGGGGUUAUCACUCAAUUUCGAGGAAGCAAGAGCUCUUCUUGGGAAGUUGGAGUAUCAAAGAGGUAAUGUAGAAGGCGCUCUUCGUGUGUUUGAUGGGAUUGAUCUCCAAGCUGCCAUACAGCGAUUGCAGCCCUCCUUUUCUGAAAAAUCACCGGUCAAGAAAGGUCGCACUCGCACUGAAUCACCUUCUUCAGUCUCUCAGCAUGCUGCCAGUUUGGUGCUUGAAGCCAUCUACUUAAAAGCCAAGUCUCUACAAAAACUGGGGAAAUUUUCUGAAGCAGCUAAUGAUUGUAAACGCAUUCUUGACGCUGUUGAGAAGAUUUUUUAUCAGGGCAUACCUGAUAUUCAAGUAGAUAAUAAACUGCAAGAGAUAGUGAGCCACGCAGUAGAGCUCCUUCCAGAGCUUUUGAAACUAGCUGGUUGCUAUGAUGAGGCAAUCUCGGCUUAUAGGCGCGCUCUUCUUAGCCAGUGGAACCUUGAUAAUGAUUGCUGUGCAAGGAUUCAGAAAUCGUUUGUUGUUUUUCUGCUGUACAGUGGGGUGGAGGCAAGUCCACCUAGCUUAGCUGUUCAAGUUGAGGGGUCAUAUGUGCCUAAAAAUAAUCUCGAAGAGGCAAUUCUGCUUUUAAUGAUUCUUAUUAGAAAGUUUUGCCUUGGUAAGACGAAAUGGGACCCUUCAGUCAUGGAACACCUGACUUUUGCACUUUCUGUAUGUAACCAAACUUCUAUUUUGGCAAAGAACUUUCAAGAAUUGAUGCCCGGGGUAUACCAUCGUAUCGAUCGUUGGAAUUCUUUAGCUUUAUGUCAUAGUGGAGCAGGACAAAACGACAGUGCUUUGAAUCUGCUUAGGAAGUCUUUGCACAAGCAUGAACGACCAAAUGACCUUACAUCAUUAUUGUUAGCUGCUAGGAUCUGCAGUGAGCAUCCCCAUCUUGCUGCUGAGGGAGUGGACCAUGCCCAGAGGGCAAUAAGUAACGCUCAAGGCCUGAACGAGCAUUUAAAAGGCGUCGGUCUACGGAUGUUAGGUCUUUGUUUGGGAAAGCAAGCUAUGGUUGCUUCUUCUGACUUUGAGAGGUCUUGCCUUCAGUCAAAAGCACUGGAGUCAUUGGAGGAGGCAAUUAGAUUGGAGCGAAACAAUUCUGAUUUGAUUUUUGAGUUGGCUGUUCAAUAUGCAAAGCACCGAAAUUUGACUGCUGCUUUGCGCUCUGCGAGGCAUUUCUUUAAUGAAACUGGUGGCUCUAUAUUGAAAGCUUGGAUAUUGCUUGUUCUGAUUUUGUCUGCACAACAAAAAUUUAUGGAAGCUGAAGUGGUGACAGAUGCUGCUUUAGAUCAGACUGCUAGAUGGGAGCAGGGGCCACUACUUAUGCUGAAAGCAAAACUGAAGAUCUCCCAAUCACGAACGAUGGAUGCUAUUGAAACUUACCGCUACCUUCUUGCAUUGGUUCAAGCCCAGAAGAAGUCCUUUGGGCCUUUCCGAACUUGUUCAAAGGUCGAUGAUGAUAAAGUAAACGAAUUUGAGGUUUGGCAUGGUCUGGCAAAUUUAUAUGCUAGCCUUUCUCAUUGGAAGGAUGCUGAAAUCUGUUUGCAGAAGGCCAAGGAUUUGAAGGAGAACUCCGCAGCAAUAAUGCACACAGAAGGUGUCUUGUUCGAAGGACGCGGGCAAAAUCAAGAAGCUCUCAGUGCUGCGAUUAAUGCUAUCCUACUUGAGCCAAACUAUGUUCCAAGCAAGAUCUUGAUGGGUUCUUUGGUUCAGAAAUUGGGUUCAGAGGCUUUGCCUGCUGCAAGAAGCUUGCUGUCUGAUGCACUUAGGAUAGAGCCCACGAACCGCAUGGCUUGGUAUCACUUGGGAUUGGUUCACAAGAAUGAUGGCCGAAUGGGUGAUGCUGCUGAUUGCUUCCAAGCUGCUUACAUGCUUGAAGAAUCUGAUCCAAUUGAAAGUUUCAGCAGCAUACAUUAACUAGCUUCGACUUCAGAACAGUUAACUCUGCAGCCAUCAGUGAUUUAUACCAUUGAGUUUUCAGCUAAUACAUCUUCUGUGUUCAAUGGGACACAUUAGGAACAUUUUUAGCAGAUACAUUCCCUUUUUGAAGCAGAAAAUUGAAAUAUUGUCAUCACAGACUAGGCUCAAAGUAAAGGAACUGAAACCAUUAUUUGAGAAUAAAAUGAAACGUGAUCGAUGUUAGUCUGGUUGUAGGAUGGAUGAAUUGUAAAGAACUUAGACUGGCAGAGAUUUUAAUGUAUGUCGCUUAGUAGAGCAGUAUCUAUGUAGAGAGAAUAGAGAUUCACUUUUUUUCUUUAAUGUGCUUUAGUUUUUAGGCUAGAUCUACAAAAGGAAAAAUGUGUUUGGAGAGUCACUUGAAUACAAAUGCAACCCCUUGUGCUGUUAUGUACAUUUCUGUAGUAACUUUAACUUGGAUGUGGUUACAUGUGUAGGUGUAAGUAAGCCCAAAUAUAUGUUUCCACUUUCUUUUGGUAGAAAGAAAUAUGCUAUGCACAAUUAUAUUUCUACUUUCA